CAACGUCUAAAGCAGUUGCCACUUGCUACCUCCGUCUUCGUAGCCCAUGUCUUCUUUGCUUUGCUUCCGUCCGUCCGUCUAUAUAUAAACGAAAAGAUCGAGUCAGAAAAUAAAAAAAGUACAACAAAAUAAAUAAUUAAUUAAUUCCGCCCUUUUUUUUUGUUCCGUAUAAUAAUAGCCUGUGUUGCUGCUACUGUUCGCCCAAUCAAUCCCCAAUUCGUGCUCUCUUCUUUCUUGUUCCUGCUCAAAAAUCUCCCACACUCUUGUUCGAAUUUCCCAUUUUCCCAAUCUCCUUCUUCAUUCCUUUCCCCUCUUUUUCUUUUCUUUUCUUUUCUUUUCUACUGGUUUCGAUUUCUUUUCUAUGAAUCCAAACAGCACCAAUUCUUCCUCCUAACCCUCUUUCUUCACUUGUUUCCUUCCUCUUUCAACUGGAUCCGCUCGCCUAAUCCUGCUGUACAGCCCACUGACUUCUUCUGGUAAAAAUCUCUCUCUCUCUGAUUUCCUGUACUUCAGAUCUAGGCUUCGAUUUUAAAUUUUGUUUGUUCUCUUCCGUAUCCGCGGAUCUGUGGCCAUCCGGCUGCAGUUCUCUGCACGGGAUCUCGAUCUGGAGACGGCAGAGGAGCCCUAUGGUGGUUCCCAAGCUCGCCUGCCAUGGAGUCCGCUUCUAUUCGUAGUGUUUUUUUUUUUCCUGUUUCGAAAUCGGUGUAGACUUGGAGAUACCGGCGCUCUUCUGUUCCCCAGUCUGAACGCGUGAAUUUGUUUCUUGGCUGGGGUUUGAAUUUCGGAAGGGCAGUGGCCUAAUUGCUCUGGUUAUUUUCUUUUUUUGCUGCAGGAAUCCAACGGUUCGAAAAAAGUUAUUAAGAGUUCGAAGAGAUAGUAAAGAAGGAAAGAUGAAUCACUUUGUGAUCCAGCAGAGCGCUUUCUCCAGGAGGGAAGAGAUCAGGAGGAGCGCCGCCGGAGCUCAGAUCUCCGAGCGUCGGGAGGCGGUUGUUUGUCCUAAGCCACGGCGUCUUGGUCUGCUCGCCGACACUGCGAACGACCACCCGCUUCGGUCUCUCAGAUGGCAGCUCAGCCACCAGGCCGAGAUCUGCGAUGCAAAAGCAGGGAAUGAUCUUCUCGACAUCAUCCUUUCUAAGGGUGAUGGCAACGUUGGCAGGGAGCAACCAUACCCACAACACGUAGCGACGUCGCCCCCCUUUUUUUCCGGGUCGCCGCCGAGGAGAGUAGCUAACCCAUUAAUUCAGGAUGCUCGAUUUGGAGGGGAGGAAGAGGAGGAGCUCUCGUUGUCGGGCCCUUUCACACCACCACCGCGUGUUCCACCUCCGUCCGGCGGCAUAUCCUCGCCGUCCCCAAGAAAAGGCGGCGGGUGCGUCGUCCGGUCAAAUUUUGGGAACAAACCGGCGGUGAGGGUGGAAGGGUUCGACUGCCUCGACAGGGACAGCAGGAACUGCAGCAUCCCUGCUCUGGCAUAGACACAGAGAGAUCCUUCAUAACCCACUUCGCUCUCCACCACAAACUCGAAGCAAGCUUUCGGUACAUAUAGGCUAAAACAAAGUUAAUCAAUAGAACAGGAAACAAACAAGUCAAGUACUCAACUUUCAGUAGCAUCAACGAGGAGCAAGCAGGCUUUUGGUUUAUUCAGAGUUUCUCUCGAGAGGGUAAGAUCAAACGAUCCUUUUUUUUUAUUGUUGUAUAUAUUAUCCAUAAGAGAAGGAAGGAAGGGUCUGGUUUUUUGUAUGUAAAUGCCCAUGAGAGUGUUGUCAAUUGUCAUUGUAAGUAAGCAAGCAGAGGAGUCAUUUCAUUUUUAGCUAGAAUAAGAGAUGGACACGGAGGAUCCUUUUUCGCACAAUCCUUUUUGAGUAGUUGCUGUUCUUCGAUGGUGUGGUUUAGAGAAGCACCAUCAUCAUGAUGAUCAUCUUUCCUUUUUCUUUUGGGUUGUUGAUGAGUGAGUCCUUGAAGGCCAGGAAGUUCAAUUGUCAUUGUAAGUAAGCAAGCAGAGGAGUCAUUUCAUUUUUAGCUAGAAUAAGAGAUGGACACGGAGGAUCCUUUUUCGCACAAUCCUUUUUGAGUAGUUGCUGUUCUUCGAUGGUGUGGUUUAGAGAAGCACCAUCAUCAUGAUGAUCAUCUUUCCUUUUUCUUUUGGGUUGUUGAUGAGUGAGUCCUUGAAGGCCAGGAAGUUCAAUUUGUACAAAUAGGACAUGGGAGCCUAAGGUUUGUAGUUGGAGAGUUAUGCUACACAAUCAAUGUAACCCCUUUUGUUCUGGGUGAUGAAUGUAAAUAGAACAAGCUUCUGUUUGGUUAUCAGUUUCUCCACUUGCUCUCUCUAGCAUAGUUUGUGGCAGAUGCUUUGUUGGCGUGAUAAUGGCGGUGGAUGGUGAUGGGUAGAUGGAUGGUGAUGAUUGAAUUGAAUGAUAGUGGUGGUGAUGGUGAUGAUUCUUCGCUUGUGAGUCACGCCAUGUGUUGCAGAAGGGGAGUGGGGUCCUGUGGCCUGCCAUUGGGAAGGUAACCCUACCCUGCCCAUUGGAUCGGGGUUGAUGGGCAAAUAACUUAAUUCUGGAAAUUUGCAGGGAGGCUGACAGUGGCACUUGUCUGGUGUCGUGGGGCGCAAAGCUCUGACCGCCCUUCUGGCGAUAUGCCUCUCUCUGUCUUGUGUGAAAAGGAAAAGGCGGGGCCUUUGGCUUUGGCCAACAGCGAGCAUGGGGAACAUAAAAGGGAUUGGGAUUGAUUGCACAUGAUCAUGAUUGUUUAUUGAGUAUUAUUAUUAUUAGGUUGGUUGUUUGUGGGAAAGCAAAUUGUGCAAUCAGAUUCAGAUCCGGGCGCGGUGAGUAGUUCUUCUGUGGAAAAAAAUGUGCGCUCGGAUACGCUGACCAGAUCUGAGGGUUUGAUUCAACGUUUUCGGUCUCUGCAAUUUUUUGAGGGUUCAGAAUAGAUUAAGAGUAAAGAC